ACAAGCUCAUAGCAUCUGGAGAGUUCGUUGACGUCAAAGGCUCCGCUACGCAGGGUGGUAAUGACAACGCACCCCCGGAAUCUGCGAGAAGUAGGAAGAAGAUGAGCUUACUCAAACGAAUAUAUCGCCUCCCUAUGGAUUUCUUGGAAGAAGUCACCACUUCAGCUUCUGACCUGAUACUAGUCAACUCCAAGUUUACCGCUAGGGUGUUCGAUGCUUACUUCCCCUCAAUCAAGCUCGAUGAAGCAGGUCGAAGAAUUAACCCAAAUCGAAGUUAUGCUGAGGAGAAAGAGCGGAAGGUUGGAGGACCAAGAGUAGUUUAUCCCGGUAUCGACCUAAAUUCGUAUGAGCGUAGCGGACCUCCACGAAGUGAGGAAGAGAAAUUGGUUUACUCUGAACGUCCGACGUUUCUAUCGCUCAAUCGUUUCGAAGGCAAGAAGAAUCUGGCCUUGGCUAUCGAAGCAUUCGCCGGCUUCCUUCGAGAUCUCUCCUCGAGCAGUAGCAAAAAUAUGAAGAAUACCAGGCUCGUCUUAGGAGGUGGCUUUGAUCCUCGACUCAAGGAUAACAUUGACACCUUCAAUUCCCUACUCCAUCUCAUCAGCUCCCUCUCUCUCAGCUGGUGUAUGCUUACAUCCGCAAGCAAUCAGUCGAAGCUUCCGCAGAUUCCAGCAGAUAUUCCUCCCCAGACUUCAGUGACAUCCGCACAGGUAGUCCUUCUUCCCAAUUUCACAACUGCCCAGCGCUCUAUCCUCCUUACUUCCUCUUCAACACUGGCUCUUCUAUACACGCCCACAAAUGAGCAUUUUGGUAUUGUGCCCGUAGAAGCCAUGGCAUGCGGUCUUCCUGUUGUGGCAUGCAAGAGCGGUGGGCCACUGGAGACUGUCGUGGACAAAGACAACGAUCAAAACGAGUCAGGGGAACGUAGGGCAAGUGGAGAGGGUGAAAUGGGAUGGAGCGUCGUCGACCUUCCCUCCCAGACAUCCUCAUCCUCUCAACCACCAUCCAACCAGAGGACCGGUUGGCUACUUCCUCCUGUUUCCUCUGAAUGGACCACAGUACUUGGAAAAAUUGUCUCACUCUCUCAGACUGAGAGGAAGGCGAUUUCAGAGAGAGCAAAGACGCGUGCGCGACAGUUAUUCUCAAUGGAAGCUAUGACAGACAGUCUGGAGAAAGCCAUUGAGGAUGCAUACGAGAUGGGACCAGUUGGUUGGACAGAGAUCAUCAACUUUGAAUGGAUGGUGAAGGUGUAUGUCGUAUUGAUUUCGCUCAGUAUCCUGCUGUUGGGCGGGUUUUGGACGGUAGCAUGGACUGGAGGGGUGCUAGUCACGACCGUAAUUUAUAAACGAGUCAAACUGGAUGCAAGGCAAUGA